CUUGUUUCCCUGCUAUCACUGUGUUCGAUGCAGCAUGCAGCUGGUGGACAACGACAAAUUUCUCCAAAAACUUUCUGAACUGUUUGAAUCGUCGAAAGACAAGGGAUCGAUAUGGCUCACGCAUAAACGACUUACACGUGAUGGGGAAGACUCCGCAAUGAAGCACGAGGAAGGCAGGGAAGACGUGCGGGAAUAUCCAUGUCUUGUUCGCCUGUCCGAUGGCGGCAAAGUCAAAAUUUCAACUAGGGUGACCUCUGGAGAUCUACGUAAAUUUCAUAGCGCGUAUGGUUCCCUGCUCAAGGCAUCAAUGACGACUCUACGGAAAAGAGACAAAAAGCGGGAGAAACAGCGCGCGGAGGAGGCUGCUCAUCGGAAAAAGAAGCUUUCUGAACCCAUCGUUGUGGAAGGUAAAAAGAGAGGGAACGGUCGACGGAAACGGCAGAGGAUGAUGAAGGCUGCUGUUAAGCAGCAGGCAGCGGUUCAAAAACUCCAGGAGCGGGAGGAGGCCAAGGCCAAGGCUUUGUAGCCCUCAUUUAGGCUGUGUAUAUGUCGUGUUGUAUGUAUUCUACGGUUGUUCACAUAAUGAAUAUGUUGAUAGCGACAGGUACAUUUGGCACGUUUCCGAAGCAUCCUCUGCUACUUCCUAGUAGACUAGCCUUAUUCCAUAUCUUCAGACCCGCGCACACAUGAUCCAUCCGUUCGGAACCAAAGAUUUCCGGUAGAUUGAAAUGUAUCUAAGGAAACUUUUG